UCACACCGGCGCUUGUUCUCUGACGAUGCCAUCCUCCUCGUCGAGGCUGCGCGACCGGCUCAAUGAGGCGCUCGGUCGCUCGUCUCAGCCACCGCCGGCUGAGUUCGGCGGCUCCGCGGCCACCGUGCUCGACCAGUUCCGGGUCACCGUCAACCAGGCGGUGGCUGCGCAGACGGGAGGCGGUUCGGUCAGGCCAGGCGCGAGCGCGGUCGCGGGCCGGCUCGGCGCGGCGGCGGGCGUCCCCGGCGCCGACUCGAUGUGCCCGAGCCUCACCUUCAAGCAGCGGCUCUACGGCACGGUCGGCUGCUUCUGCGUGGGCUUUGUGUUUAGCCUGAUGGGCACGCUCCUCUGGUGGACGGGACACGUGGCCGGCUUCGCGCUGCUGUACACUCUGGGCAACGUCGUCUCGAUGGCCGGCACGGGCUUCCUGAUCGGGCCCCGGCGGCAGCUGCGCAACAUGUGCAAGUCGAGCCGCCAGUAUGCAACAGCGCUCUACUUCACGAUGAUGCUGCUCACAAUUUUUGCUGCAAUCAGCGGGUGGAGCGCAAUCUCGAUCCUCGUGUUUUGCAUACUGCAGUGGUGCGCCAUGGUGUGGUACGUCGCCUCCUACAUCCCGUACGGCCAGAGGAUGCUCAAGAAGAUCCUCGGGAAUAUGGUGGACUUUUGAGCAGCGGCAGCAGCAGCAGAGCAGCGGUAGCUCCCGAGGCUGAGUGGCCGGCGCGUCAUGGGCAGGCCUACGAAGGUUCUGUGGACGCCGCGCGUGUGCCGUCCGGUCCCUUUGCGCGAUACCAUCUCUCUCUCAUCUCGUCUCAAACGUGUUCCUAGUGAAGAUCGCUCUUUUGUCAAAUGUACGGCUUUCGUAAUCUGUCGUCUGUGUACGCG